UGGAAUGUUGUGCUUCCCCACCAAUUAUACCCAGUUCGAGUACGAGUGGCAUCCCUAUCUAUCCGAGAACAUCGACUGUCCCUACACAUGGAAUCGCUUCAUGCAGCGUUGUGAAUGCCAAGAAGGAGUUAUAUACGCCAAGCGUAACCCUUUGACAAGUUCGGUCAUGCUCGAAGCUGAUGAAUGGCACAUUCCUUGCCCAAAGAGAGGUACCGGCUUGGCCUUGCCGGACAAUGGUUCUCACUGGCUCGACAGGGAUAUCCCUGCUCCAGAAAGAUGGCCUCAUAUAAUACCAGACUGUCACGGUCGCGGCAACUGGUCGGAACGGGAGGGAAUCUGCAUAUGCGAGGAGGGCUGGAGGACAACGUAUACUCCUGGCGGGACUCGCGAGUUCUGUGUCAAGAAUGUCACUACAACGCGCCCUCCCAACUCGACCCAUGCUCCGGUGUGGGGACGUAUUGUUGGGGUCACUCCUACUCCGGGGCAGUCCAACAGCAGUGAUACGCCGAUGAUCGUUGUUGCAAUACCGUUCCUUGUCGUCAUCGUCGGCCAACUUUUUGCUAUCCUCUGGCUGUUUAAGGCGCUCCGACGACAAGCCAAGGAGAGCAGUUCAGCGGGGACAGUCGAAGCCUCUUCGAAUGGGGGUUCGGCAAGUCCGACCGGAGAAAUUCACAACGCCAGUGCUGGUCCUCUUGUAUGUGCACCUGUUAAGUCGCCAUGAUGGCUGUGUCAAACACAGUAUUUGGCCGAAUUGGAAAUGCAGCACACUAAUGUUUCUUUU